UAUGGGAAAAUCAAUACGAGAGUCUGACCUGCAUCAUCAAUAACAAAAAUGGCUGACACCGAUCAGGAAACUGCCGAGAAGAGGACAAAUGUUCAAGCUGCCAUAGGUGUGGGCUUUGUAUGCCUGGUUGUUGGACUACCAUUGUGGUGGAAAACAACAGAAGUCUAUAGAGUGUCUCUGCCAUACUCAGAUAUUGAUACCCUAGCUGACACAAAGAUCAAGUAUACAGUUGAUUUAAAUGUGAUCAGUUUUCUGGAGAAGGUGUCAGAGACAGAUUUAGCUUCGUUAUCAAGGCUCGUUUCUGAGGAACUAGAGGAUAAAAAACCCCAAGAGGUGACAUCUCAUUACAGAACUUUUACCAGAGAGGCGUCUAGCAAGGAACAACAGAUUUUCAAAUCCGCCUCUUCUCUUCAAGAAAUUGACUUAAAGUUAUCACAAGAGUAUCCAGGGAAAGCUAAUGAGUAUUCUGUCAUAUUACUCGCAGCCAAGAACUAUCCAGAUGUUAAAAAACCUACCCUUGGUUCACAUAGAUUUGUAUACAUUCCUGUUACGGCUACAGACAUGGCAGUUAUUGCAGAGUAUGUUGCAGAGACUGUGAAAACUGCUCUAGUUAGGGAGACAACCAUUUUGAAAUUGUUCGAUACUGCCAGAGGUGCUAGAGAUCGUAAGCCAGAUAAAGAGAUGUUGAGAUCUGUACGAUUCCACUCAGGAUAUGAUGUGACCUUGACCUUAGUCAAUCCAAGACCAGAUAUACUUGAUGUCAGCUGGGAUAUAGAGUCUGCAGUCAAUGCGUACCUGGAUCCAUUUGUGAAAUCCAUGUCAAACUACACUGAUAUCAACAUUAAGUCACAGGUUUUGUAUUUUACGAAGCUUCAAACGAAGCCAAAGAAAGAAAACAAGGAGUAUAUCUUCACAAGUAAAGAUCUACCACACAUGAUUAAUCCUUUGGAAGCUAAACUAGGUUCACCAGCCUCUACAAAUCCUGAAUUGAACUUUUUGGUGUAUGUUCCUAGUAAAGAUCAGUAUCCACUCUAUAUCAAAGGGGACGAUGGUCAGAAGUUGGCAAGUAACUCAUUUCUCAGUCCACAAUGGGGUGGUAUACAUAUUUACAAUGUUGCUCAGCCACAAGAAGGUGUUACGUUGCCAGUAAAAAGCUCGCUUGAUAUGGCCCAAGUAAUGAGGGUGAUCUUGUCCCAGCUCAGAUUGUUAUUAAACCUUCAUUCUCAGCUUGGAGGUACAGAGUUCCUGCCAAUAGGCAAAAAUGCUGUCACAGACUGGGAAUUAGACAGCUGGUUAAGAAGUAGAUGUGUAGAAAACCUGGCCACGUCAUCAGCCACAUUAAAAUCUCUCGCUCAACUACUUGGUAAAAUCAGCAAUAUUGUGAUCAAUGAUGAUAUAGGAAAUGAGGUACAUAAGGCAGUAGCAUCAAUGCAUGAGUCAUUACAACUGUUAUCAGAUGGUUAUUUAGUCGAGGCAUAUCAACAUUCCAAAAGUGCAAUACUAGCCUCAGAGAAAGCAUUCUUCGACCCAUCUCUACUAGAACUGUUAUAUUUCCCGGAAGAUCAAAAGUUUGCAAUAUACAUUCCAUUAUUUCUACCCAUUAGUUUCCCAGUGUUAGCCUCUCUCUGGCAGUCAUAUAAAUGGUAUAAAGGGCUCUCUAAACCUAAACAAGAGUAGAGUCAUACAUUGGUUUGGUGGUCUGUGGUUUAUUUUCUAUGUUGGAACAAAAACAAUUGAGAUUGGACUAAAGAAAAGAAACAGUUAUGUAUGGAUAACCUCCCUUUGACAGAAGGAAACCUUGGAAACGGUUGUGAUAUGUAUAGUGUGAAUCGGGAAAUUUAUUGUAUAAGAAAUAGUGAAUAGACUAUGAUGAAACAUGAUUACAUAAAUAAAUAUUUCAUCAGUGACAAUAGCAAGACAACAUUACUUUUUAGCUCGACUUUUCUAUGAAAAGGGGAGCUAUCCUACUCGCCCCGGCGUCGGCGUUGGCGUCACACCUUGGUUAAGUUUUUCGUACCACCCCACUUUAUUUCAGAAGUAUUACAAGUAUGGCUUUGAAACUUACCAUACUUGUUCACCAUCAUAACCUCCAUCUACAGACAAGAGUACAUAACUCUGUCAAGGUUUUUGACAGAAUUAUGGCCCUUUUUUGACUUAGAAAGUGUAUUGAGCUUGGUUAAGUUUUUUGUACCACCUCACUUUAUUUCAAAACCAUUGGAGGUAUUGCUUUGAAACUGACCAUACUUGUUUACCAUCACGACCUUCAUCAACAGACAAGAGGACAUAACUCUGUCAAGGUUUUUGACAGAAUUAUGCCCCUUUUUGACUUAGAAAAUACAUUGAAUAUGGGUAAAAUCCACUUAUUGCCUUAACCCUUUGAGAUAUUGCUUUGAAACUUUUAAUGCUAUUUCACAUCAUUACCCCCAUCUGUACGCAAGAGAAGGUAACUUUGUCAAGGAUUUGUUUUAAAAAUUAAGGCCUUUUAUCGACUUAGAAUCUUGGUUAAGUUUUUAGUACCAGUCCACUUUUUGACUGAACUGUUUGAGAUAUUAAUUUGAAAGUUGGAAUACUUGUUUACAAUCAUGAUUCCCAAACAUGUCCAGGAGAAGGUAAUUCUGUCAAAGAUUUUAUUUGAAUUAUGGCCCUUAACUGUCAAUGUUUUGUAUUAUAGGCAAGCACUAAAAAACUUAAAAAAUCUAAAAAAAUUCAUUCCUAUCCACUUGUUCACUUUACCAUAAAUUAUGUCAUAUAAACAUUGCUGUAAUAUUCAAGGGUAUCAAACAACUAGUUAUUUUUCUCUUUUUGUACUUGAAAUUAAAAUCAGUAGUAUAUGCAUAUUUCACAUUUUAUCUCGCCUAUUUGAUUGGUGGACAAGUGAC